UACAACAAAGUGAACGGAAAGCCAAUUUCUCUAAUUUAGUUAAAUUAAUAGAAUUGUGUAGCGCAAGGUGACAAUGGACGCACAUCGGGAAGCUAUUCAGAAACAGAUACACCAGGAUUGGGCAAAUCGAGAAUACAUCGAAGUGAUAACAGCGAGCAUCAAGCGAAUCACGGAUUUUCUCAACUCGUUCGAUAUGUCUUGCCGGUCCCGGUUGGCGGUUCUGAACGAGAAACUAACGACGCUAGAACGAAGAAUCGAUUACCUGGAAGCGUGUGUCACGAAAGGGGAAACAUUGCAAUAGUAGUGCGUAUCCGGGUGCGGCCUUAACUACGUAGGACAUCAUGCAGUCCCGUCCUUUAUGUAGGGGAUGAGUCACUGCAAAAACUGCCCAAAACUGACGACAUGAGUAAGACAUCGACCGGGGAAAGCUUCAGAAUGAAGAUUUCAUUACAGUGUAACAGAAUAUCGAACAAGUUCUUUCCUCCCGAAGCAAAAGAGAGGGUGCACGUUCGUGGCUCACAAUCGUAACGCCAACGUGUAGUGAUAGGGUUCACAAGUACCGUGAAGUAUCCAAGAUGGGGCAAUCUUUUAGCAGACAUUGGUCGCCACUCUGGACACGGCUGGAGCGUCAGCAUCGGUAUGUGAGAUUAAGCAUUGACUAGGACUUAUUUAUACGUAUCGUAUGGCUUUAUAUGUUUCUUUCUAGAAUGAUAGCAAACACAAAUCAUUAAAAUAGAAACGCGUUGGUUCCUUCCAACUUCCCGUAAAUUCCUAUAAAUCGAAUAACUUACUUUUCUCUCGGAAGUAACCAUUUUUUGAGAAACUAAUUUCUACCCUCUGUAUCGGUUAAUUCAUCGACAGAAAUGAGAACACAGAAUUUCGAUAAAUGAAAAAAAAAUAAAUAUUUUACUUUAUUUCAACCUUAAUUCGAAGAAAAACACAAACACUCUCGACGCGGUUUCGCAAUGGAAAAGAGACGAAAAUGAAGCUCUCUUACUAACGAUGGUAGACGACGGAACAGAGAAAGCAGCUGAAAAUUCGACAUUGAAAACUUGCCUUACGUUAUCUCUGUUCU